AUGGCCCGUACCAAGCAAACUGCCCGUAAGUCUACUGGAGGAAAGGCACCAAGGAAGCAGCUAGCUACCAAGGCUGCUCGUAAGUCUGCCCCAACCACUGGAGGAGUUAAGAAGCCUCACUGUUACCGCCCUGGAACAGUUGCUCUGCGUGAAAUCCGUAAGUACCAGAAGAGUACUGAGCUCUUGAUCAGGAAACUCCCAUUCCAGAGGCUUGUUCGUGAAAUUGCCCAGGACUUCAAGAUAUGGCUUUUUGAUGUUAAUGACUGUACUGGUGCUGUGCAGACUGAUCUGCGUUUCCAGAGCCAUGCCGUGUUGGCAUUGCAGGAGGCAGCUGAGGCAUACCUGGUUGGUUUGUUCGAGGACACUAACCUUUGUGCCAUUCAUGCCAAGCGUGUCACCAUCAUGCCUAAGGAUAUCCAGCUGGCUAGGAGGAUCAGGGGCGAGCGUGCCUAA